UACAGGUAGCAGAGCUUUACGGGAGCCGUUGAGCAUACAGCGCUCAACUUCAGGGGUGACAAAAAUGCUGAAAAAACUCUUCAGAGUCCUGGCCGUUUUUGCUUUGCUCAGUCUGGUGUGUUUUUCUGUGGCUCUGUACUACAGCAAAGACGGCGCUUUAGCUUUUUUUGUUCAGACACGUUCUGGAAAUGGCACCCUUUCCAUGACGAAAAAAGAAUAUGUGCAGCAGGUGUGGGAAAUGAAGCCUGAAGUCCCAAAAGUCAACCAAGGGACGACACAGAAGACAGCCUCUACAAACAAGACUUUAGGUCCCUGCCCUGACGCCCCUCCAAAACUAAUUGGCCCCCAACACGUGGAUUUUGAUCCUGAACUGACUUUGGAUCAGGUGAGAAAGAAUGUCAGUUCUUUUCUUCAGGAGGGAGGACGGUACAAGCCAACGGACUGCAUCUCCAAACACAAGGUGGCAAUCAUCAUCCCAUUCCGAAACCGGCACGAUCACCUGAAACAUUGGCUGUUUUACCUCCAUCCCAUACUGAGGCGACAGCAGUUGGACUAUGGCGUGUAUAUCAUGAACCAGGACGGAGAGGGAGUGUUCAACCGGGCUAAACUGAUGAACGCGGGCUAUGUUGAAGCACUGAAGGAAUAUGACUACGAUUGCUUUGUCUUCUCUGACGUAGAUCUGGUUCCAAUGGACGACCGUAACUUCUACAGAUGCUUUGACAAUCCCAGACACCUGGCUGUGGCUUUGGACAAGUUUAAUUUCCACUUACCCUACAAAACCAUCUUUGGUGGGGUUUCUGCAUUGUCAAAGAGGCAAUACUUGGAGAUUAACGGCUUCCCGAACACUUACUGGGGCUGGGGUGCGGAGGACGAUGAUAUCUAUAAUCGAAUUAUCUUCCAUGGUAUGUCCAUUUCUCGACCUGACUCGAUGACAGGAAAGUACAGGAUGAUCAAACAUAUGAGAGACUUGCACAAUGAGCCUAAUCCAGAGAAUCCUUCCAAACUGGGCCAAACCCACUGGACCAUGGAUAAAGACGGGAUUAAUUCCCUAAAUUACACAGUCAAGGAGAUUGUGAAGGAUGUACUGUACACUUUCAUCACUGUGGAUAUUGAUGCUCCACCAAGCUGAAUGAGGAUGUGGAUCUGGGAUUGCAGUUGACUUUUUAUCCACUGGGGUUCCAGCCCAUAGAGAUGGAACUCAAGUAGUUCUGUCUUGGGUGUGUGUUCAGGUAUAGAGUCAUAUAUGCAAACCUGUGUGUGUGUGUGCUUGUGUUCAGGGGCAAAUUGCAGACUAUAGACCAGUGAAUGGGGGAUGGCUUUUCCAAUUGGAGACAACUGGAAAACAGCUGGUUAACAUCAGGUUUAGUGUCAGGGUCAGACCAAUCACGGCAAUGGAUGGGCUUUGGGUAAGUCUCCAGGAAAUGAAUGUAAGUCUAUGUAAUGUCUCUAAAA